AGUAUAUAAACAACCGUGAAACCGUCCAUUUAGCAUGACCGACCUUCUUAAAAGAGAUGGGGGCUUUCGCGAUAACCUCAGCAUGAUAAUGAAUAACAAUUGGGCUACUGUUGCCUAAUUUUGUCAGAAUAUUUAUGAUGAUUGGAAUUAAAUGUGAUCAGUUUCUAUCAUGCAGCCGGAGCCUUCCAUCAACAAUCUGGUGUCACAUGUUAAAAUGGACCAUAUUCACUCAUUAGAUCACAAGAAUGUUCCAGCUGAUUUUAAUCAGAUGCCUGACGAUAAUACCAUUGAAAUGGUUGAUCCUUAUUGUAGGCCUAACAAGCCGGUGAAAGUGACCUUCUCGGAUGUUACUUCAGCAUCUUUCAAAGUGAAAAACCGUAUAAUUGCCACUCCAUGCUAUAAAUCACAUCUAUCACAAAUCACUGGAAUGGAAAUAUAUUUUAAAAAAGAUUUCUUGCAGACAACUGGAAGUUUCAAAGAAAGGGGAGCCUGCUACGCACUUUUGAUGUUAUCUGAACAAGACAAGAAGAAAGGUGUAAUUACUGCUUCGUUAGGUAACCAUGCUUUGGCACUGUGCUAUCAUGGUAAAAAACUUGACAUACCUGUGACAGUUAUCAUGCCAAAAGUAGCUCCAAUAAUGAAAGUACAAUCCUGCAAAACAUACGGAGCAACCGUGAUUGUAGCAGGAAAAGACAUGAAGGAGACCAAGAAAAUUGCCAUGAAUAUGGCUAAGCAAAAGAAUCUUACAUACAUCAAUGGGUACGAUCACCCAGACAUUAUUGCUGGACAAGGAACUCUUGGAUUAGAAAUAAUUGAACAAGUGAGCAAUAUUGAUGCCGUUAUUGUUCCGAUUGGUGGUGCUGGAUUGAUAGCAGGUGUUGCAUUAGCAGUGAAAACAUUACAUCCAAAUGUGAAAAUAAUUGGUGUUGAGUCUGAGAGGUGUCCGAGUUUCUCAGCAGCCUUGGAAGCGGGCAAACCUGUGGCUGUGCCUAUUUCGUCAACGCUGUCUGAUGGUCUGGCAGUGCCUAUGGUCGGCUACAACGCAUUUGCCACUGCGCAAUCACUAAUUGACAAAGUGGUAGUUGUGAAAGAAGAAUGGAUUGCUAUCUCCAUACUCAGACUUAUCGAGCUGGAAAAAUGUGUAGUUGAAGGUGCCGGAGCGGCAGGAUUGGCUGCAGUGUUAGCUGGACAUCUUGAUGAAUUCAAGGGUAAAAGAAUCGUUAUUCCAUUGUGUGGUGGAAACAUAGACACAACUAUCCUUGGCCGGUGUUUGGACAGAGGUCUGGCAGCUGAUGGACGUCUGCUCAAGUUCUCAGUGAUGGUGAGCGACCGAUCUGGAGGAAUUGCUGAGCUGUGCAGACUUGUUGCUGAAACGGGCGUCUCCAUCAAGGACAUUCUCCACGAGAGAGCUUGGAUUACCAGUGAUGUAUUUAGUGUCAAGGUGAAAGUGGUUUGUGAUACUUAGCUUGAGAGGUCAUCU